AAUAAGGUAUAUUUUGGUACAUUUCUGAGGGUCAGACGGGUUAUUUGAUAAGGCAGCGGUCACACUGCAAUCCACCCAACAAAUGAACUCUUACGCACAAGAACAUACAGCCACAGCCACAUCCAUAUAGUAGCACACAGAAACAGUACAAAACUGAGACUGAAACUGAAUAAACGCAAAAACACCGACAACGAGACGACGACCCUUUCCACAACCACCAAAAUGGCAAAAAUGUACGGAAAGGGUAAGACUGCCAUAGAGUCCGAAGAACAGCAGAAACGACGAUGGCAAAUAGAACUCGAGUUUGUGCAGUGCCUCUCCAAUCCAAAUUAUCUCAACUUCCUGGCCCAACGUGGCUACUUCAAGGACCAAUCGUUCAUCAACUAUCUAAAGUACUUGCAGUACUGGAAGGAGCCGGACUAUGCCAAAUACCUCAUGUACCCGAUGUGCCUAUACUUCCUGGAUCUCCUGCAAUACGAACACUUUCGCCGGGAGAUUGUCAACUCGCAAUGUUGCAAGUUCAUCGAUGAUCAGGCCAUACUCCAGUGGCAGCACUACACCAGGAAGCGUAUCAAACUCAUGGAGAAUGCCACGGCAGCGCAACAGCAGCAGCAGCAGCAGCAACAACAACAACAGCAGCAGCAACAACUACAACAAAGCAAUGGUGGCGAAGCGGCCACAGCUGGCGAGGCAGCAGCCACGGGCGGUAUGAUGGCCACUGCGAAUGGCAAUGGCACGGCAUCCGUUGCAGAGGCACAGCCAUCGGGCGCCUCGGUGCCUGGCCCGGCGCAGGCAGUGAUUCCACAACAGCAGCAGCAGCAGCAACAAAUCAAUGGCUUGGCCACAGCGUCGAACAUCAAAUUAGAAUUAAAUUAACGAUGGCAAUUGAAAGUUAACAAAAUAAAUUAGUCAUAAGUCUUCUAAAA